GCCCUGCACCGGGAAGAGCUUUGAGUCGUGUGGGUGUGCCUUAGAGCUGUCAUGGCGGCUGACGGGGCAGUUGCUGCGUUUUUCCUGCUCCUCUGCGCUGCUGCCGGCACCGCGUGGGGCUGGGACCAACAAGGGGUUCUGCUGCGGGACGUGCAGGUGCUGACUCUGCACCGGGGCCGCUACACCACAGCCCGGCGAACUGCUGCGGUCCCUCAGCUUCAGUGCACUGGAGGCAGUGCUGGAUGCUCUGAUAUCCCUGAGGUUGUUCAGUGCUACAACAAAGGCUGGGAUGGCUACGACGUGCAGUGGCAGUGCAAAGCAGACUUGGAAGACACUCUUCGUUUUGGACAAAUUGAAGUGAGCUGUGAAGGCUAUAAUUAUCCAGAUGAUCCUUACAUCUUAAGAGGGUCCUGCAGUUUGCUGUUCAGGUUAGAGCUGACAAAGGAAGGUGAAUGGAAAGCAAAGAACUCUGGAGGCUUUGGUUCUGGCUAUUAUACAUCAACAAAGGAUUCUUCUCAUUCUGGUGCUGGAACAAUUUUUGUAAUUGUUCUACUGAUCCUUGCCUUUGGCGUAUACAAGUUUUUCCUUAGUAACCAACAGCCCCAGCAGAGUUUUGGUGACGGUGGCGGAUUCGCUCGUCCUUUCUGGCAGAGUCAUCAGGCGCCUCCUCCUCCUGGUUUUAAGUUCAGCUCCACAGAAGACAACGGCUUUGGGACUCGUCCCAGUCAUGAAACCAAUUCAGGACCAGGAUUUUGGACUGGCUUAGGAGCAGGAGGCUUGCUGGGCUACUUGGCUGGCAGUCAGAGAGCACAGCCACGUUCCUCGUAUUUCAAUACAUGGGGAGAUCCCACAGCUGUGCCUCCAGUGUACAGGCAGUCCAGCAAUUCCACACAAGGCAGCAGUACAAGAACUGCAUCUGGAUUUGGUGGCACAAAACGGAGAUGAAAUCCUUGAUGUUACUACAUCUGAGUGAUUAGACUGUACUAACCACUUUUUAAUUAGCAGUAGCAGCUGUGAGAAGAGAUAUGAAGGACAAGGCAAAAAACUGCUCUCCCAUGUGGAAAUGUGAUCCUCCACUAUUGCUUUUCACCACAACAGCUUCUUGAAAAAUAAAAAAUGAACUCAUCCUCAUUGAGACACAUGAUGUUACGGUUGCUUAUGAGGAAUUAUGGUAAACAGUUUAUUGUUCUGGGCUUAAUUUCAUUUAGUGGGUUUGGUUUUUGUAAUCCAGAGUCUGAAAGGCAUAAUGUCUAAUCAUGCUAAAACCUACAGGUUGCUAUUCUUUGAAACUACUUCUGCAUGUCUUUUAAAAUUUGUAUGAACAUUAUUCUAAGUGCAAUCACCUAGUUGGAUGAGGGUUUUCCUUAGUGGAUAGGAGUAAAAUUAUGUUUCUAGAGAGAACAAUGUUAAUGUUUCUCUGAGCUGUAUGAUUAUUGGAGCCAAGACAUGCAGACUUGAGCUUCACCAUGUUUUAGAGUUUAUCUAAGCACCCAUGUGAAUCUGGGGCACUUCUAGCCUGAUUAUAGCCUGAAGUGGAACAGUAUGGUUCAUGGCCCAGAGGUUUGCUGGAUGCCCUGUCCUUGGUGAUAUUAAAGGUCAGGCUGGAUGGGGCUCUGAGCGACCUGUUGUAGCUGUAGGUGUCCUGUUCAUUGCCCAGGAGUUGGACCAGAUGACCAUGAAGAGUCCCUUUCAAUUCAAACGAUUCUAUGAUUCUUUGUCUAAUUUGGAUUUUUAUUCUGGAAGACUGAGGCAAUUUAAAUUAAGGUGACUGCAGAUGCCUUGCUCCUGUUGCUAUUUUCUUUUCACUGCGGGUGUUAGUAGUGCUGUAGAAAUGUCUACUGUGAACUGGCUUAUCUCAGCUCCUGUCUUUCCUGCUUGAUGGCCUGUCCAAUGCAUGAUAAGCUGAAGAUGCUCAUUGCAAAUGCAGAAAGGGCAUAAUGGGAGGUUUUGCCUUGUGAGAAGGAGCAUAUGAUAAAUCUUUAUAGCCAAAUAUAGCAAUGUAUUUCAUUUGUGGAGUUCUUGCUUAUUUGUAAUUUGAGCUGAAACUUACUACAGUGAGUACUCUAUUCACCAACUAAUUGCUUAUCAAUGAAACUGGAUUUUUUCUAAUUGGGGAGGUUGAAGUGAUCUCAAUAAUUAUAUGUUGUUAAAUCUUUUGGAUGUUUUUUUCGUGUGUAUUUCUAUCUAUAUGAUGUCUGUUUUCAUGCAUAAACCUGAUAAGUUGCACUGGUCUGCUGAACUUGUUCUAUGAUAUUUUUUCACUUCUAUUUGAUAAAGUAAUAAAAAUAAGUGAAUAAAGAGCAUUUUUGUGUUUAAAGCAGUA